CCUGCCCGAGCGCAUCGGUUCAGCCACGAGCCUGAGCAGCACCAUCAUCAACAACCGGCUCCAGGAGCUGGUGAAGCUCUUCAAAGAGAGGACCGAGAAGGUGAAGGAGAAGCUGACUGACCCCGAUGUCACCUCAGAGGAGGAGAGCCCUGCGGCAUCCCCUGCCAAGCCGGUGCCUGUGGCAGGACCGGGGCCCCCCCCCCGAAAGGGGGACGAGCCGGUGGGGGACGAGCACUACUGCGAGAUGCUGUGCUGCACCUUCAAGUACCGGCCCUGGCUGGACCGCCUGAAAAACUGCCAGCUCCCCAGCAGCAUCGACCCGCUCACCAAUCUGAUGUACGUGCUGUGGCUGUUCUUCGUUGUCAUGGCCUGGAACUGGAACUGCUGGCUGAUCCCUGUCCGCUGGGCUUUCCCCUACCAGACGCCGGCAAACAUCCACUGCUGGCUGCUCCGGGGCCUCCUCGUGGACUACCUCUGCGACCUCGUCUAUCUGCUGGACAUCCUCGUCUUUCAAACCCGGCUGCAGUUUGUCCGGGGAGGGGACAUAAUAACCGAUAAAAAGGCCAUGAAAGAGAACUACCUGCGAUCACAACGCUUUAAGAUGGAUGUGGUGUGCCUUCUGCCCCUGGAUUUCUUCUACUUCAAAGUCGGUGUCAACCCGCUCCUGCGCUUCCCUCGCUGUCUGAAGUACAUGGCCUUCUUCGAGUUCAACAACCGCCUGGAGGCCAUCCUGAGCAAGGCGUACAUCUACAGAGUGAUCCGGACCACUGCCUAUUUACUGUACAGCUUGCACGUGAACUCCUGCCUCUACUACUGGGCAUCAGCCUACGAAGGACUGGGCUCUACCACCUGGGUCUACGAUGGGGAAGGAAACAGCUACAUCCGCUGCUACUACUGGGCAGUCAAAACCCUCAUCACCAUCGGGGGCCUGCCAGACCCCAAGACGCUGUUCGAGAUCGUCUUCCAGCUGCUGAACUACUUCACGGGUGUCUUUGCUUUCUCCGUCAUGAUAGGGCAGAUGAGAGACGUGGUCGGCGCCGCUACUGCAGGGCAAACUUACUAUCGGAGCUGCAUGGACAGUACCAUUAAAUACAUGAACUUCUACAGAAUCCCCAAAACUGUUCAGAACCGGGUGAAGACGUGGUACGAGUACACAUGGCAUUCGCAAGGCAUGCUAGGUGAGAUCCAAGCACUCCGAGGGUUGCCCAAAGCCUCAUCCAACCUGGCCUUGAACGUGAACUACAACAUCGUGAGCAAAGUGGCCCUCUUCCAGGGCUGCGACAGGCAGAUGAUCUUCGACAUGCUGAAGCGGCUCAGAUCGGUGGUCUACCUGCCUAAUGACUUCGUGUGUAAGAAGGGGGAAAUCGGCCGCGAGAUGUACAUCAUCCAGGCGGGGCAGGUGCAGGUGCUGGGGGGACCCGACGGCAAAGCCGUGCUGGUGACGCUGAAAGCUGGAUCCGUGUUCGGAGAAAUAAGCUUGCUGGCGGCAGGAGGGGGGAACCGCCGAACGGCGAACGUCGUAGCGCACGGCUUCGCCAACCUUUUCAUCUUGGAUAAGAAGGACCUGAAUGAGAUUUUGGUGCAUUAUCCGGAGUCUCAGAAGCUGCUGCGUAAGAAGGCCAAGAAAAUGCUGAAAAACAACAAUAAACCCAAAGAUGAGAAAGGAGCACUCAGAGACCCUCUGAUCAUCCCCCUGAAAGCUGACACCCCGAAGCUCUUCCAGGCUGCCCUGGCCGCCACGGGGAGGAUGGGGGGCAAAGGGCCACUGGCACAGCUCCGCUGGAGGCUGAAGGAGCUGAAGGCGUUGCAGGCAAGGCAG